UAAUUGGGGAAAAAGUAGUAAACUUACAAGGAUUAAUAGUUGAUAUCCUCUAAUAAUGAUAAUAACAACAGCGGCAGUAACAACAGCAACAACAACAACAAAAGCUCCAUCCAAUAACAAACACAAGAAAAACAAACAAAGAACAAAAAGCUCAUGACAAAAAUGAACUUGAAGCAACCUACUAAGAAGAAAUACAAACUAAGACGAUGCACACAAGGCAUGAAUUUCCAACCUCAUGCACAUCACUUUCCAUAUAAAUAACACUCCAUCUUCAUGUACUUCACUCACACAAGAGCAUUUCCAAGGAAAGACAUGGCCGAGAAAGAAGGUGGAGUUGUGAACAAGGGCCACGAGGAAGGGAUGAAGCUGGCAGUAUCCCUCCUGGAGGAGUUUGCACUUCCAAUGGGCCUUCUGCCGCUCUCCGAAGUCAUCGAGUUUGGCUUCGUCAGAGCCACAGGAUACUUUUGGAUAGCCCAGAAGAAGAAGGUUGAACAUAACUUCAAGAUGGCCGGAAAACUAGUAAGCUAUGAUACUGAUAUCCAUGGCUAUAUCUCUACCAAGCGCAUCAAGAAACUCAAGGGUGUCAAGGCCAAAGAGCUCCUUCUCUGGCCCCCUGUCAAUGAGAUCACCGUCGAUGAACCACCGACGGGGAAGAUCCACUUCAAGAGUCUCGCUGGAGUGACCAAGACCUUCGCCGUGGAGGCCUUUGCUGCAGGGCAGUAAGGACCGGGGUUUACAAGCAGGCAUGGCUGCUUUGUUUCAGUGUUGUUGGUUCUUAGUAGUUUGUGUGGAGUUUCAAGUGUUUGGGCUUUGUCCUAUGCUUGGUGUGUAUUAUUGACACUUGAGGAGUAAAAAAGUGUCACUCAAUAAAACAUUCAGAAAACACUAUAGAAAAUUACUGCAACUGCUAAAACAACAAAAUACUGGCAAUCAGAAUAUCCUGACUGAUGAACAGAUAAAAUAGAGAAACAUUAAAUUCAAGGUUUUCAUGAAAAUCAACCUCGUCACACCUGGAAAACGUCUUGAGAAUGUUGAAUUUUGAUAAAUUGGAGAUGAAGUAUUAUAUCAUAUAACAAACUAAUCAUUUUGAAAUAAAUGAAUU